AUGAAUAGCUGCCCGCCAGAACUCCAUUCUUACAUCGUUCGCCUGGCGUGCGCGGACGACGGCAGCACCGUUCGGGCCCUGCUUCGAGUUUCGCGGUAUUACCAUGCCAUUGCGGUGCCGUUUAUCUACCAGUCGAUGGCGCUCGACGGAGCGGACAGAAUAUCGAAAGCAGCAGCUACUUUGGAGAAGACACCCCCCCAUCGACGCAGAAUUCGCCAUCUUUUCAUCUCCGACGCGCCCUCGUCUUCCAAGCGAGAGCGAGAGGAUACAGACCCCGGGGUGGAGACCGCCAUGAUCCAGAUCCUGCGCAUCGCAGCGCCGACAUUGGAAUCCCUCGCUUUCCUCGCCACGACGCCGUGCACCAGCACAUGCCUAAUAUCACAAUUAUUCCGGCAGUCGUUUCCGAGAUUACUGGAACUCACUGUGCAUGGGUACUAUCCGUUUCCCAGUAUGCCGGCGUCGAUGCCGGUGCUCCAGCGGCUGCACCUUUCGGGGAACCGCAACCCCCACGGGCUGUUCCAGCUCGGCGGGCUCGAAGCGUCGUGCCCGUCAAUAUCGCAUCUGCGUGUAUCCGGCGUAGAAAGAGCGGUGGCGUUUGCCAACGAGCUUGACAGCCUUCUCCAACAGCCAUCGUCGCCGCGUGGCUGUAUUGCCAGCGGGCAGCAGGUGCUCUUCCCGGCGACAUUGCCGAAGAAGCUGAGGAUCUUGAUAGUACAAACAGCCCCGGUGGCGGUCAAGUCUGUUCGAAGUGCUAGGCUCACAAAGGAUAUGAUGUGCAUACUGGAGGCGUUGGAUCGGGGGGUGAGAUGCGACAACGGUCGCCCUUCUUUCCGUUGCUUAGACGGACGAGAUGCGGAUGAUGGAGACGAGUCGAAGAGGUUAAAGGCCGACUGGAUGGACAGAUUAAGUGGCGGCGAGGGUUGCUGGGCUUCGGUGGGCAUAGAAUAG